ACAGAUUUCACUGUUACUACUUCCGGUUUAUCGAAGCUCCGCCCACGAUAUCUGUGUUUUUAUCCACGUGCGUUGCAAUAUGAGUUGAUAUUUUUCACCAGUGGCGUUAUAAUUCCUUAUGUUAGUUUAAGUCCAGUUUAAGGAGCUUUUUAUAGCAUGGAUCUCGCCGCGAAGGACUCCUACAUUCAGAAACUUGCAAGUAAAGUCUUGUCCCAGCAUGAAAAGGAGCCAAAGAAGAGACCAUUUGUUCACUUCAAGGGUAAAAAUGACACCGAUCCACCAAAGAAGAAGAAGAAAUGUAAAAAGAAACAUAUAAAAGACAAGGACAGUGACAACCGGACUUCGAAACCCCCACAGAAGAAGCCCUCGCCUUCUUCAGCAGCUCAGAAAGGUCCAAAUACAUUAAAACCAAAUGUAUCCAAAAGUGUAAAUGGAGGUGCAGCACACAUAUCUAAAGGAAAUGAUGCGGACUCCAGCUUCUCUACCGUCGAUGUCCUGCGGAAGAGGCUCCUUGAGAAGAUCGAAGAGUGCAGAGGGCAGGGGGCCCCAAAAGAUGCGUUAUCAGAGGCAGUCCAGGCAAAGCGCGCUAAGCGAAAGCUGGAGCGGGAGCGCAAGAAGAGGAAGAGGAAGGAAUUUCUCAUGAAGAAACUGGCUGAAAAAAAUGCCGAAGAGGAGCCUGUAGAAAUAAAAAAAGAAGAACCAUCUGCUCCUGCCGCCAUCAAAAAGGUUGAGACUUCCAUUGUCUUCAACAAGGUGGAGACUGUGGAGGAGGUGUAUGUCGACAAAAUGCUUAAAAAGAAGGAAAAAAAGCGUAGUGUGAAGGGCCAGUUAACGCCGCUGACGGGAAGAAACUACAAGCAGCUGCUCACCCGCGUAGAAGCCCGCAAAGCAAAGCUAGAAGAGCUGAGGGAGAAAGACGAGGGGAAGGCUCGUCAGCUGGAAGAGAAGAUGAAAUGGACCAACGUACUUUACAAGGCUGAGGGCAUGAAAAUCAAAGACGACGAGGACAUGCUGCGAGCCUGUUUGAAGAAGAAGGAGAAAAAUCGUGCGCAGAGGAAAAAGAAUUGGGAACAACGUAGCGAGAAAGUCAUAGAAAAGAUGCAGCAAAGGCAGGACAAGAGGAAAAGAAACAUCAAGAAACGCAAGGAGGGCAAGAUAGAGAAGAAGAAAGAUAGGGCGAGGAAGAAGGGCAGAGUGCUGCCAGAGGACUUAAAAAAAACAGCUGUUUAGAGGAUUAGUUCCUCUAUCGUAUCUUUACUAGCACAUCAGCAAAAGUGUUCCUGAUGUGCGUGUGUUGUUCCAGUUCUUCCUGUACAGGACUAAUAUAAUUUGUGUUGUAAUCAAUAAAAAAAAGAUAUCUUU